AUGAUUACGGAUGCGCUCACCGAGCCGGGAGGCACCUCCGGCUGGGCCGCCAUCGCCGGAGGAGGUGUUUCGUCGGGGAUCAAGAGAAAGAAGAAGCUUGGGAGGCCAUUCAAGAAGAGGCCGCCGAGAAACCCGCUUGGGGGGCUGAGGAAGGUCAAACAGACAGAUUCUGAAGCAACUCCAGCCACGCCGUCACCGUCAACUCCAGCCGCGCCGUCACCGUCAACAACCGGUAUGAAGAUACCGUGUGGGAGGCCGAGAAAGGACCAGCAACCAUCACAAGCAGCAAGCUCUCCUGAUCCGACUCCAGCACGGAGGAUCGAGACAGCGGAAACUCAAACUGGGCAUAGGAGCCCAAUGCUAACAGAGAAUCCACCACCAGCAACAAUGUCUGGUGAUGAUGCGUCGAUGAGAACCAAGAGACUGCUCGCGAGGCAAGCAAGGGAGGCACCGCCAGCGGCAACGCCCGCUCCUAAAACUGGAAUCAAGAGAGGGCGCGGGAGGCCAAGAAAGGACAAGCCAGCAGCACCAAUGUCUGCUCAAGCUGGAGGUGCCACGUCAACGGGAAUCAAGAGCAGGGGCGGGAGGCCAAGAAAAAAAAAGUCAGCAGCAGCAAUGUCUGCUGAAGCUGGAGGUGAUGCGUCAACGGGAAUCAAGAGCAGGCGCGGGAGGCCAAGAAAAGACAAGUCAGCAGCAGCAAUGUCUGCUGAAGCUGGAGGUGAUGCGUCAACGGGAAUCAAGAGAAGGCGUGGGAGGCCAAGAAAAAAUGAGUCAGCAGCAACUUAUCCAUAUCAGGAAUCUUCAAGUGGUGACCAUAGAUGGACUGAACAUGUUGAGCGACAGAGUGGUGUGGGUUCGCAACCAUUACCGGGAGAGACCGACCAACAUUUAGGAGAUGCUGAAAUGGAAGGUAACACCGGAAAUGGGGACAAUACUCAGGCAGAUCCACCUUACUUAGAACCGCGGACUGUGGCUCUUGUGCCCAGCCAGGCUUGCUUGCAAAUGUCUAAGGAAGUUGAAGCUGAGGCCAAUCCUGUAAUUCAGUCAGCCCAACCAGCUGUAGCACCAGCACAACUUCUGCAAAGAGAGGCAGAGCAAGUAGACUGUUCUGAUAGAACACCAGCUCAGACUUCAAGUGGUGACCAUGGAAGGAAUGAAGAUGUUGAGCAACAUAGUGGUGUGGGUUCAGCAGAACCAUUACCGGGAGAGAUUGAACAACAUUUAGGGGAUGCUGAAAUGGAAGUUAACACCGGCAACGGGGACAAUACUCAGGCAGACCCACCUUAUUUAGAACCACAGACUGUGGCUCCUGUGCCCAGCGAGGCGUCCUUGCAAAUUUCUAAGGAAGUUGAAGCUGAGGCCAAUCUUGUAAUGCAGUCAGCCCAACCAAUUGUAGCACCAGCACGGCCUCUGGAAAGAAGGGCAGAACAAGUAGACCGUUCUGGUAUAACAUCACCUCAGACUUUGCAACCUGAAAUGCAACCGCCAGCAUGCAGGGAAGCUUGUACUCAGACAUAUCUGAUAAUUCAGUCUUCACAACCAAGUACGGUACCAAAUGGGCUUUCACAAAGGGAUGCAGAACAAGCAAGCCUUUCUCGUGUACCAUCAUCUCAGUGUUUGUCAUCUGCAAUGCAUUCAUCGGUUCCACCGUCCAGUAUUCUGCUUGAAAGAGCACACCCUGAUCAGUGUCAACCACCAAGCCAUCAACCUGAGGCUGCACCGGGUUCUUCACCACAACUAUUUCCGGUGGCGCCAAUCAUGUUUAAUCAUCCACCAGUUGGUGAUGAUCCAUCGAAAAAUGAGUUGCACAGAUUACGGUUACACAUUCACUCAACCCACCAACUAAAGAAAUCACAACUUAGGACCGAGUGUAGCCAAGAAAUGGAGAAGCUCAAACAAAAGUAUGAUUUGUUACUUCGAGAACAAGAGUCCACUCAUCUUCAGCAAACCAAGACACUUGGUAAUCUAUGUGGGAAAGUUCUCCUCAACCAAUCACUAGCUGAAGAUCUUCGGGCUAAAUUCGUAUCUUCUGGAGAACAAGUUAGAGCCCCUGGCCCUCCAAAUCACCACACACCCCACUGGAUUGCUUCUCAGCAAGUUCCCAUGAGGCCUUCAGCGGUGGCAUCACCAACUACGUCGUCAUCAGCUGGUCGACCACCAGUGCUGAUACAUCACAUCCAACCGUUACAGGUCGAUGGACCAUCACCAUCAUCAUCGCCAUCUUCACAAGUGGUCAGACCACAUCCCUCCAUACUAAGCAACAUUGUCAGAUCAACAUCUACUAGUUUUAGCCUCGUGUCAGUUCUGCCACAGGGAAGCUUUGGAGUCCAGAGUGAACUAGCACAUGCACAUGCUCCUCGUCUUCAGCACAGGUUGCUUGCACAGGCGCAUUCGAUGGCAUCUGCAAAUCAGCAGCAGCUUCCAACUGGGUUGGAGAGCAUGUUUGCAAGGACAUGGUCUACCCCUGUGACUCCAAUAAAUAUAAGACAAUCAUGCCCACAUGCAGUUCCCCCAGGGAACCCAUCACUAUCAAGCUUGCAUCCAAGUUCACACUCCACUAUACCCUUGGGGCCAUCAAGUUCACAUCAAAUUCAUCAGGUUCCACCACUGCCAUCAAGUUCACAGGCCACUGUACUCGCACCCGUGGGCCCAUCAAGUUCACAUCAAAUUCAGCAGGUUCCACCACUGCCAUCAAGUUCACAGGCCACUGUACUCGCACCUGUGGGCCCAUCAAGUUCAUAUCAAAUUCAGCAGGUUCCACCACUGCCAUCAAGUUCACAGCCAACACGCCUGCCAUUGCCAUUGCCAGUGCCUUCGAAUCCAAAUCCAGUUCUUCCACUAACAUUACCACGAGGUUUGACUACGACAUCUAGUGUUUCCUCAGCUGCGUCCAGUGUGUUGCCAAGUAAAGGUGUUGGGCCUUGCGCACCAGACUCGCCGCAGUCAGAUUCUGAUGCAGAAUCACUGGAUCAAUUUCUAACCAGUAUUGGGGUGCCCAGUGAUCCCCGUGGCGUGGCGGCUCCUGAAGUGAUAUGCCUAUCUGAUGAUGAAGAGACCGAUGACCAAACCAAGCAAGAAACGCCGCUCGUCGCUGAAGUGCCCCAACAGAAGGUUCCUUGCAAGUUUUUGGUCAAAGGUGAUGCUUGUAAACAAGAAAUAUUGAUGCCCAGAUCGAUUUUAUAA